CUUAAGAACAUAGUGUAAAUUUGAUGGAAAUAGUGGUACCUUCCUCCCCCCACCCUACAUCGCUACCUGUUUAUUCUUUGCUUUGGACUGUCUGCACCUCUAGAAGAUCUCACAGCAAUGCUGGACUGCAGUGACUAUGUUCUAGACUCAAGAAUGAACAAUCCGUCAGAAACCAGUAAACCAUCUAUGGAGAGUGGAGACGGCAACACAGGCACACAGACCAAUGGCCUGGACUUCCAGAAGCAGCCCGUGCCUGUUGGAGGAGCAAUCUCAACAGCCCAGGCCCAGGCUUUCCUUGGACAUCUCCAUCAGGUCCAGCUCGCUGGAACAAGUUUACAGGCCGCUGCCCAGUCUUUAAAUGUUCAGUCUAAGUCUAGUGAAGAGCCGGGGGACUCCCAGCAGCCCAGCCAGCCUCCCCAGCAGCCCUCAGUGCAGGCAGCCAUUCCCCAGACCCAGCUCAUGCUGGCUGGAGGACAGAUAACCGGGCUCACACUGACGCCAGCCCAGCAGCAGCUGUUACUGCAGCAGGCCCAGGCCCAGGCCCAGCUGCUAGGCGCCGCCGUGCAGCAGCAUUCCGCCAGCCAGCAGCACAGCGCCGCCGCCGCCGGGGCCACCAUCUCCGCCUCCGCCGCCACGCCCAUGACACAGAUCCCCCUGUCUCAGCCCAUACAGAUUGCACAGGAUCUUCAGCAGCUGCAGCAGCUUCAGCAGCAGAACCUCAACCUGCAGCAGUUUGUGUUGGUGCACCCGACCACCAACCUGCAGCCAGCACAGUUCAUCAUCUCACAGACGCCCCAGGGCCAGCAGGGUCUCCUGCAAGCGCAAAAUCUUUUAACGCAACUACCUCAGCAAAGCCAAGCCAACCUCCUACAGUCGCAGCCAAGCAUCACCCUCACCUCCCAGCCAGCAACCCCAACACGCACAAUAGCAGCAACCCCAAUUCAGACACUUCCACAGAGCCAGUCAACACCAAAGCGAAUUGAUACUCCCAGCUUGGAGGAGCCCAGUGACCUUGAGGAGCUUGAGCAGUUUGCCAAGACCUUCAAACAAAGACGGAUCAAACUAGGAUUCACUCAGGGCGAUGUUGGGCUCGCCAUGGGCAAACUGUAUGGAAAUGACUUCAGCCAAACUACCAUCUCUCGCUUUGAAGCCUUGAAUCUCAGCUUUAAGAACAUGUGCAAGUUAAAGCCACUGCUAGAGAAGUGGCUAAAUGAUGCAGAGAACCUCUCAUCUGAUUCAGCUCUCUCUAGCCCCAGUGCCCUGAAUUCUCCAGGGCAGGGAGUCGAGGGCUUGAACCGUAGGAGGAAGAAACGCACCAGCAUAGAGACCAACAUCCGUGUGGCCUUAGAGAAGAGUUUCUUGGAGAAUCAAAAGCCUACCUCGGAAGAGAUCACCAUGAUUGCUGAUCAGCUCAAUAUGGAAAAGGAGGUGAUUCGUGUUUGGUUUUGUAACCGCCGCCAGAAGGAGAAGAGGAUCAACCCCCCAAGCAGCGGUGGGACCAGCAACUCACCCAUCAAAGCGAUCUUCCCCAGCCCAACCUCACUGGUGGCGACCACACCGAGCCUUGUGACCAGCAGUGCAGCAACCACCCUCACGGUCAACCCUGUCCUCCCUCUUACCAGCGCCGCGGUGACCAGUCUCUCUGUUACAGGCACUACAGACACCGCCUCCAAUAGCACUGCAACCGUGAUUUCCACAGCGCCUCCCGCCUCCUCAGCAGUCACGUCCCCCUCGCUGAGCCCCUCUCCUUCUGCCUCAGCCUCCACCUCCGAGGCAUCCAGUGCCAGUGAGACCAGCACAACACAAACCACCUCCGCUCCUGUGUCCUCCCCCCUUGGGACCAGCCAGGUGAUGGUGACAGCAUCAGGCUUGCAGACAGCAGCGGCUGCCGCCCUCCAAGGAGCUGCACAGUUGCCAGCAAACGCCAGUCUUGCCGCCAUGGCGGCGGCUGCGGGACUCAACCCAGGCCUGAUGGCACCCUCACAGUUUGCGGCUGGAGGUGCCUUACUCAGCCUCAAUCCAGGGACCCUGGGCGGUGCUCUCAGCCCAGCUCUGAUGAGCAACAGCACACUGGCAACUAUUCAAGCUCUUGCUUCUGGUGGCUCCCUUCCAAUAACGUCACUGGAUGCCACCGGGAACCUGGUAUUUGCCAAUGCGGGAGGAGCCCCCAACCUCGUGGCCGCCCCAGUGUUCCUGAACCCUCAGAGCCUCUCUCUGCUCACCAGCAACCCAGUCAGCCUGGUCUCUGCCGCCGCAGCCUCCGCAGGGAACUCUACGCCCGUGGCCAGCCUGCACGCCGCCUCCACGUCUGCCGAGUCCAUCCCGAACUCUCUCUUCACAGUGGCCUCGGCCAGCGGGGCCGCUUCCACCACCACCACCGCCGCCUCCAGGGCCCAGUGAGCCGCAGAGCCGCGCCCCUGGCUGUCCUCGCCGCAGUGUGGUCGGCCGCCGCAGGGCGAUGGCGCAGGGCAAUGGCGGAGCAGCAUGGGCAUCCUCUUGCCCUGUGCUGCGGGCCAGGGGAGAAGACAGGAAGGAGGAGACGGACAACAUUUGCCUAAUUUUGUAAUAAACACUGUCUUUUCAGGAUUGCUUCAUGGAUUGGAGAACUUUCUAACCAAAAAUUAAAAUUAAAAAAAAAAAGCAGAAACAAAAAAUCAAAAACAAAAAAAUAAUUGAAAGGACUACUUACCAUUUCCAGCAGUCAUGAUGACAAGUUAAGGUGGGUCACCAAUUCCAAUAUAGGAAGGGGGUUUCUUGUUUGUCUAAAUUUCUUUUUUUCUUAAAAAAAAAUCAUUUUUAUGGGCCUGUUGUACAGGCCGUUACGUCAUGAGAAGGUGUUUAUAAUCGUAUCAAUUGUGUUGGGGUUCCUUUCUUAACUGGUACAACUUAGGCAGGCCUGUAUACUGUACUCUGUCGUCGUCGCUGUUUUUAUAUAUAUAGUUGGGACAUGUUUAUCUCGCUCCUGGAUCCUAUUUCAGCGAGCUCCCACACUGUGGGGAGGGAGGGUUUCGGGGUAAGGGAAGACGGAUGUUCUUAACUGCGGGGAAUGUUCUUGCUGGUUUCCUUAUCCUUGAUGACUCUUACAGAGGUGCUAGAAAAUUAUUUUCUUUUGCCACUUAUGCAAGAGGCUUGGUGCAGAAGCUGAAGGCCGUGUGUGCAAACACUCCACUCCGCACACGCCCUCCCCGUCAGGUGGUGCCUUUGGAGCACUUUGUGUAGGAAGGAAUUCCUGAAAAAACUGUGGCUCUCCCUCGCCCGCCCGCCGCCCCGAUCAUCCAGCGGCCCGAGGCCCAGGUCCUGUGGAGCGGUGUGCUGCUCCCUGCUCCUGGGGGCAGCCGUCCACGCUGCAGGGCAUGGUUUGGUCCGCAGAGCAAAGACUACUGCAGACACCCGCCUGGGUGGUUCUCCCGACCCCUUAUCUCCUGAAAAACGCUCCUACUGUCGGUGUGUGUGCGUGUGAGUGUGUGCGUGUGCGUGCGUGUUUCCAUUUUGUGGAAGUUUUCCAUCUAAACUUCCUUUCAUUUACUUGGCUAAGAACAAAUAGACUUAACAAAAUUGGGAGACUUUUCCUUAGUGGCUGAAGGAAUUCUAGAGUUUUCCAUCGGUUAUUCAUCCAAAAGAAAUGUGAGGAGAAUGGUCUGAGGCUGCCGCCUUUUCCUCUCGAGAGCCGCAGCUUCCUUGCCCUGAUGGCUGUGAGCCUCUCUGCCCGAGGUGCUCCCGCCUUCGAGGGGGCUGUGAGCAGGGGCUUUGCACAGCCCUGGAGGGCUCCCCGCUGGUUCCUGUGCUCCAGUAGGCAGGGCCCAGUGGGAAGCGGCUAGCUCCUGUCAUGGUUUCAGGGUGUCUCUAGACGAUGUGACCAAUUCCGUGGAAAAGGAAGAGCUUGUGGAAGUGGACGCGGAGGUGAGGGUCACAUGGAGGUGAGGGCCCCGUGCGUCGGUGUGCUGUUACAGCCGCACCGCACUUCCCGAGAGACCAGCUGGGUGGCCGAGCUCCAGGUUCCCGACCUCUGUGGGUGGCGGUCCCAAGACGGCUUGCCCCUUCCGGGGUUGGAGCAAGCCCAGGCCCCGCUGCCCGGUGGCGUCUCCUCCCCCGUCAGGAGGCGUAGCGGCCGCGGUGUGCUUUGGUGCGGGAUGCGAGUGGACAGGGCAUGUCACUAUGGAAAGUUGGAAACUUGUCAGCCCCCUUCUCCUCGCUUCGGCUCCUCCCCGUUUUAUUUCCGAGUGUGUCAUCCCCACCCUUCUUCCCCUUCGAGUCCUCCGAAGUCGGCGAGCGAGCUGUAAGCAGGGAACUAACACGUUCAUCCGCCUUAUUUGUGUGCUGUGGUUUUUUUAUGUUUUUAUUUUUUAACUAAGCUUGAACCAAAGUCAAUUUUUAGCAAGCUGCUGUACUAAUGGACUAGUUUAUAACGUGCAGUUCAGACACAUUGAGGAGAUAGAUGCUACUGACAAUUUCUUUUUCAUUUGUCUUUAUUAAUUUUAUAUAAAAGUUGCUGCUUGUUUUUGAUCUUGUAUGUGGGUAAGUUGUACUAUCCUCUGGGCAGGCGUCCACUUGAUCUAACUGGUUUGUUUGGGCUGGUGUGUCUCGCUCGGCAGUGGCGGCCACUCCCCGCCUCCGUUGCCUCUGCUCUGUGCAGGCAGGUCUGAUCUUCCGCCCUGAUGUGCCACCUCUCACUGUGGCUGUGCGAUGAUUCAGGGCUAUCCGCCAGGGGAGGCUGGCGCUGC